CUUCCAACACACCAUUAGGUUGAGUACGUGGCAGGCAAGCGUCGGUGCCUAGAGCACGAUCGACCGAUUGCACGGACAUAUCGCGCAUCUUGCAUCCGCCAUCGAAGACAGAAGAAAAGUUGAGCAAGCACUGUCCUCAAGCAAGUAAAGGUUUCGAAGUUUUGCGCGCGCUUGAAGCUGUACUACACGGUCUAGUGAGAGAUUGAAGUCGCACAGCUGGUUCAGCCAUCCUUUUUGGCGGUGUUCUUCUCACAGCUCUCCGAUUAUCGCCUGGCGGUGCAGAGCCACCAGCGCAUGGAAUACUCCGUCCUCUCGAAUAGGGCGUAGCACCUUACCGAAACCCCUUGUCAUACAACCUGACACGUCGUCUCUUGCAUCGCCCGACAAGAUGGCUUACGGGUCCAUUUCACGACCGGGCAGGACGCAUUCGCUGCAGCCUCGACUCUAUCCUCUUCCAUCUAAGCUCUCCAAGAGUGGCGGCGCACAGAGCGUGUCGCAGGAUGAAUGCUACGCCCUUACCCUGCCCUUCAGCGCCGAUCUUCGCCCGCCUGUCGCACUCGAGACAGCCAUGAGGCAGUGUUUCAACAACGAGCUGGAAGCUGGCAGUACGUACCCUCAGAGAGGUCCCAUGAGCAGACAAGAAUUCAGCAGCUACUUCUUGGCCAACGAUUUAAUUGUUGGCUUGCUCUUCUCCAAGGCCGAGUUGCAACUGCAACAAGUUCCGAUAAAUGCCGAAGCUGAGCCCGACUUGUUGGCCGAAGUCUUGACCGAGGCGAUUCAGAACACGAGUGACAAUGUGUUGGACUUUCAUGGGCACUUGCCGACCUCAGGAAUGGCGCUGCAGCUGGACGUUGCGAGCCUCAUCCAGCGGGUUUCCACCGAAGGGACGGUCGACUGGGAAAGUCGAUGGCGCUUUGCCUACUACAUCAAGCCUAACUAUCCUGGUCGGUCUUCUCAUCUCUGCAACGCCGGGUUUCUAGUGCCUCCAAGCGCGAGAGGCAGUGGGUUGGGAUCACUAGCAGGUCUGUCUUUUGUGCAUUACGGUCCAGCAGCGGGCUACAUCGGCUCCAUCUUCAACCUGGUCUACGUCUCCAACGUAGCGAGCAUGAGGAUCUGGGAGUCUUUGGGCUUCGAACAGGUGGGACGAAUAAGAAAGGCAGGCCUCUUGAAGACCGGACCGGAUGGGACUGAAGAAUUUGUGGAUGCUUGGAUCGUUCAGGGAGACUUCGACAAAUUGACAAAGAUACAGGAGCAGCGAGCCGCUGAGAGGCUCGACCAAGCAGCUCAGAUUGAGAAGAAGACCAUCUAGAGCCGAACCGCUUGGCAAGAGAUGCAAGCUACUGAAUAGAUUACUUAGUUGCAAAGGUCUUCGGAAAUGUAAUUGAUGUG